CAACAGUUUCCUCUCCCUCAAACUCAACCAAGUUCUUUGAUAAUACAAUGCGUCAACUUAAGCAUCACGAGAAAAAACUUCUGAAAAAGGUAGAUUUCCUGCAAUGGAAGAACGACUCGACCUUACGGGAAGCGAAAGUGAUGAGGAGAUACCAUGUUCAACGACGAGAGGACUAUCAUGCAUACAACUUACUAUGUGGAGAGAUCCGCAAACUAUCGCAUCGUCUAUCGCUCCUGCCGCCUCAAGAUCCGUUUCGGGCACAGAUGGAAUCCGCCUUACUCGACAAACUCUAUGACAUUGGAAUCCUGGAUGGCUCUGGACGGACGGAGGACGCUCAAGGCGGCAAGAUGAGCGACAUCGAAACGAAGGUGACCGUCAGUGCCUUCUGUCGUCGUCGACUUGCGGUGGUUGCCUGUCGACUGAAGAUGGCCGAGACGGUGAAAAUGGCCGUGCAAUAUAUCGAACAGGGACACAUUCGGGUAGGCCCUGAUUUGAUCACCGAUCCUGCAUUUCUCGUGACCCGGAACAUGGAGGACUUUAUCACUUGGGUCGACACCAGCAAGCUGAAGCGUCACAUUCAAAACUACGCCGGCCAAGUCGACGAUUUCGAUUUGCUUUAGGUUCUGUUUACAGUUGUAGUUGUAUCGGCCUUUCCUCAUCCGCAAUCAUCCACUUUUCAAGAUUUCUUUUUCUUGGCAACUCCCACAAUCAAGUUACUUCAUUUCAACUUCCAAUAAACAACAACCCUGGCAUAUAUCCCCAACCGUUCACUUUCGGGCCGAGAAAACAAAACAAAGUUUGACAAAACGUCAUACAAAACCUCAAAAUACAUCUCAGAUUGAUUGCAAAGCUGAUAAACAUAAGUACGGUCACCAUCUUGAUAAGUUCAUGUAAUCAGAGUGGGACACUUGCCACCGAGAUUGAUAGAUCCUACGGAAUCAGACUUAGACACACCAAAUUAAGAUUGCCUGGGCAAAUCUGUUUCGAGGGGCUGCGAAUUCAAUUCAG